AUUUGCUAUUAUUAGGGGCAGUAAAAGGUGAUAUUAAAAUUAAUUUAUGGUGGAAAAAAAUUGUAAAUGACUGCUUGGUGGUUGUGUGUUUAUAUUUUUGUUGCGGUCGCAUGCCGCCGUUGUAUAGCGGUGAUUUGAGUUGUCUUGUUGUGUGCACUACCCCAACAACCCGUGCGGUGAUGGCGAGGAAACCCCGUUGACAAGGCACUGCUUUUUCAUGACGGAAACAAAGGGUGCUAAAUGACUGAAUCCAUGCUUCCUGCUGGAAAUCUGUGUCAUGGAUGAUGAGGACGAUCGCCGUCUUCUGGAUAUUUUAGGGGAUGUGGAUGCUUUGAAUGACUAUCUCCAUGGCAGCAACAGCAAGUCUAUUGAAGAAGAUGAUGUGACAAAUGCAGCUUAUGGGUCAGACGGAUCCUUCUUUGCUAAUGAUACGGCUGGCUCCAACACUGGCCUCAAAGAUGGCUCCGCUACAAUGGGUGAAUUUGGCGUGGAUUCAGCAGGGGCAGGCCUCCAGCUCUCCAGCACCCUUUCGUUUAUCGAGGAUGAAUUGGGGGCUGGGAACUCUCCUGGAGGGGUUGAUCUUGAGGGAGAGGACCAGCCAUUUGACAUCCUACAGAAGUCUCUGUUGGAGGCCGAUAUCACUGAGCAGACUCUGGCCCAGGAGGCCUUACUAGACUCCCAGCCUGCGCCUACUUUAGUUCAGGCUCCUGUUUCCUUCCCUUCCCAGCUGGUCUCUGGGGGUUAUGGAGGGGGUGUAGGUGUGGUUACGACAGCAACCGCUGCGUUCCCCACAGGCCAGUUCCUACAAGGAGUGUCCCAACUGCCGAAUGGCUCUACUCAGCACAUCCAGGUGUUGGGCUCUUUUGGGACAAAUAGUGGGGUCAUGACGCUGGGCAGCUUGGAGAAAACUCCUCAAAUUGUGCUGAGGCCAGGGGCCCCUGUAGCCUCAGCAGGGACAACAACAGGGGCUCAGGUGUUUGCCCCUACCCAAGGCCAGGUAGGCCAAGUGGGCUUACCUUUCAAAAAUAUCCCUCUUCAAAACAUCAUCAUUCAGAGAGGUCCAGGAGGGACCCAGGCUCUGGUAAGACCUAUACAACCUAAACCCCUUCAAGCUGGCACUCAGACUGUCUACAGCGUUGGUCUUCAGCCCACUCCAAUCACCAUGGCUAAUGUAGUUAACGCUAACACUGUUACUCCUGGGGGACAGUACACAGCCAACGGUUCUAUAGCAGUGCAGCCGUCCCUAGACCAACAACAAGCACAGGCCCAGACAAACGUACCACCUGGACAGUUUCUGCUGCCCAGUUCUCUGGCCAACACCAUCCACAAUGGCCCUGCUGACCCCAAUUCUAACACCCUGAUUACCAGUCAGAACACGGUGCAGAUUGUUGCAGGGCAGAACUUCACAGCCUCAACAGGGGGGCAGCUCAUUUUGAAUCAGGGAGUCAUCAGCGGGAGUCAGGUUGGAGGGAGUGUUACUCAGACAUGGACAGGAGUUUCUGGUGCAAAUGCUGGUCCUGUGCAGACAUCGUGCACUCCUGGACGGCUGACUCUGGUUGGCCCAGCGACGGCGGGGAUCAGUGGUCAUUGCCAAGUGUCUGCUAGCCCCGUGCAACGCCUCCUAGUGACCCAAACUCCAAACUGCACAUCUCUGUCUCCUUUACCUGGUACGGCAUCAGUCAACCAGGAGCAAGACUACAGACAGAAUUCCUCAUCACCUGCCCUCAAACAGACACAGCUCAGCAGCAUCCAUGCUGUGAAACCCAUGACUCAAGAUUUAACACUAAACUCUCAGGUCGGAGCACAGAAGAGGCCUGCCCUUACGCCACUUACAAGAGGAGGAAUGAUUUUACAGCAGUUGAGGAAAGAUCAUGCUGGUGUUCAGAUCUCAGAUUGGAGUCGUUUCACAUCAUUUGAAAAUGUUCUGGAAAGACUGCUCCCAUAUCAUGUGUUCCAGGGAGCUCCACCCAGCCACGACGAGUUCUCACAGGUGGAUGAAGAAUUUGAGGUAGUGUCAACUCAGGUGCUGAAGAAAACACAGUCCAUGGUAAACAAAUAUAGACGGCUACUAAUGACAGAAGCUGAGCGCUACAGCCCGUCUUCGGAAUUGGUGAUGAUUGACAGGACCUUUAACCAGGAAGAACGCACCAACCUGACACAGGACAAACGUAUGGUACUAGUGGAUCCAGAUGGUUACUUAGAGGACUUCUGCUGUGGGGUCAAAUCUAAUUAUUUUAAGGAUCCAUGCCCUUCGCAGACUAGUUGGAAUCAGUCAGACAGGAGCUCCACAGAAUCCCCUUUUAGGACAGACUCCCAACCAGGGUAUGGAGACCCUGGAGGGGGGGGAGAAUCUGGAGGAACAGGUACGGCCGACAGACUCCACCCUCCUCACCUUGAAAACAAGAGUGUACUAGAUAUAAAGAGAACACAACAGCAGCACUUGGGGCCCAGUGGCGGUGCCGCCAACAACAGCCUCAACGCUCCCAACAGUUUCCCCCAAGGUAAUCGCUCGCCUUUUGCAGCAACGUCGGGAGGACAGACUCACUACCAGGUGUCUCACCAUGUGUCGUCCCACCCUGCCCAGUCCCACUUUACCCCUCAGUUCACCCCACCCCCUCAUCCCGACACAGACUCUGCUCUUGAGGCAGCAGUCAACAGCAUCUUGGAAUGUUAAGACUGAUACACUGUCAAUAUUUUUCCCUAUGGAUCAGAAAUCUGAAGGUGUGUAUCUUUUGUUUUGUCAAAGUCUCCUGUAGUAAUAUUUGUUGUGUCCACCGUAAGCCUGUGUGAUGAGAGGGGAACUCUUCUUUCAGGUCUGUGAUCUCUGUGAUUUUCAGCCAUGUAGCAUGUAAUGAGACAUUUUAUUUUUUAAGUUUUUUUUUUUUUUUUUUUUUUUUAAAGGUAUACUGACAUAUGACACAGGAGUCAUUGGUAUAUCAAGGUGCCAGUUAAGCACAGACACUUACCUAUAAAGAUUUGGGAAUGAGUGCAAUGCAGCAGACAAUAGAAAAAAGUUUGUCUAGCUUUGUUUUUAUAUUUGAACAUUAUUCUAAAGGGGAACAGUCUGCAGGUCCUUAAAAUCAGGACCUUAAAUACAAGAGUUUUCCUCUCUUUUCACAUGCAAACACAGGGCUGUGCGAUAUGAUUAAAACCUUGUGUCCAACUAAAGGUGAGUCAUAUCUAGAUAAUGACACAUAUCACUGUAGAGAAUUUCUGUGUUUAAAUACAACAAAUAGUUUAUAGACCACAUGGAAGAGCCGAAUUCGUAGCACAAUUUUAAUGUUACACUCCAAAUAUAAAAUAUACUUUCUCCUAUUUCAUUUUUUUCUCCAUUUUUUUAAAAUAUGUUUUGCAAAUUUUUUGUUUAAAGUUAACUGUGUGCUCUUGACAGACUGUAGGAGCAGAAAACAUGGCAUUAGAAAACUCAGAAGUAAUCCUUAGGAUUUUUGUAGGAAAGAACAACAACCUGUCUCAUAAAUCCUUACGCUUGCUCCCAUGUGCCUCAGGGCCUCUCUCAUUCUACUCUGUAGUGUAAGAGUGAGUUGUAUAAUGUCCACAAACACCAGCUGGGAUUCAUAUACAGACUGGAGAUUUGCAAAAAGAUUCAAAAUUGAAAAAAAAAAUUUUACUUUUGUCAUAUAAUUGAAACUGUAAAAAGUAAUAGAUUUGUAACAAAAUACUUAUCGAUUAAUGCUAAAAAUCUAAAAAUGUAAAUAGGAACCCUAUUCCAUGCCUGUGUCUUUUGUGGGCUAAGCUAUGGCAUAAUGAAGUGAGUUUUCUUACCCAACUCACAUCCACAUGUCAGAGGUCGCCCCUCUUUUGGGGACAAGCUCCUUGUUAUGUCUGGUAGUAAUCCUUCUUUUGUGUGUUACUUUGACUUUCUUACAUUUUUGUUUGAGUUGCUGUCAUACAAAGUUCCUGCCUGCAUCCGUAGAGGAAUGCAAAGCAGCAUACCUGAUUUAAACAAAAUAUGUACAUUGAGAACGCAACAAAAUUAAUAUUUAUUCUACUGAUAUGUGGUCAUAUCGCACAGCUCUACUUACAUCAUUGAGAAAAUGUCGUGCCAGUUUGAUACCCCGACUACCUAUGCUGAAAAACAGGGAUAAGGAGAAGGGGCAAAAAUCACAACUCUGUGCCUAAUUCAAUUAUAUGUUUUGUGUUUACAUAAAGAAAUUAUUCAAAAAUACCCAUUUAGACACUUCUUUUGUGAAUUCACCCAAACACUUGUAAUGUGUAGACCCCCUGGUUGAGAGGUUGUUCCUUUAUGUUCAGCUAAGUAGAAACACAUUUAUUUGGAGAUAUUGCACUAAGAGGACUGCUGCCUAUUUCAGGAACUAUAUAAAUAUGAGGCUAUCAAUAAUAUACACAACACGCUUUGCUGAACAGAAUGUGAAUAUUUGGAACAGAACCAAAAUCUAAUUUGCCUGCUUUGCAAAUUUAUAACCUCUUAAUCACACUAGAAACCAGUAAGACCCAUAGACUUACAUACAAGUGUUACUGUACGCUGUGAGGUUUUUUUUUUUUUUUUCCUGUGCUUAAGUCACAUUUUCAUUUACA